CUGUUCGACGAAAUGUCUCAGUGAAACUCAAGGCGGAAACAAAUUAUGAAAACAGUCCCGCAAAUUUGCAUCCAAACACACUUGCAAUUAGAAUAAUGUUGAGACGCAUCUCUUCUCAUCUCUCUCCUCUUCUUCGAACCCCCAAUUCAUCUCUUGUUUCCUAUGUCAAUCAGGCUUCUCACUGCUUAAGGAUGCUGGAAACAUUUAGUACGGAUACCACAUUCCCGGUGCAAGGUCGAAUUUUGUCCAAAGAGAAGCCACAAUUCGUAGCUUUUGUCCUGGGUGGUCCUGGAAGCGGGAAAGGUACGCAGUGUGAAAAGAUUGUGGAGACAUACGGAUUUACACAUUUGAGUGCAGGAGACCUGUUAAGACAUGAAAUAUCCUCUAAAAGUGAACAUGGGUCGAUGAUUCUUGAAAUCAUCAAAGAGGGAAAAAUUGUUCCUUCAGAGGUUACGGUCGAGUUAAUCCAGAAGGCUAUCAGUUUUCCAGAUAAUCAAAAUCACAAGUUCCUGAUUGAUGGAUUCCCACGAACUGAAGAGAAUCGGUUGGCAUAUGAGCGGAUCAUUGGAGCUGAUCCAAACCUUGUGCUUUUUUUCGAUUGCCCUGAAGAAGUGAUGGUGAAUAGAAUCUUAAACCGUAAUCAGGGAAGGGUUGAUGAUAAUGAUGAAACAGUUAAAACUCGUCUAAAAGUAUUCAAGGAAUUAAGUCUUCCUGUUGUCAAAUACUACUCCAAGAAAGGGAUACUUCACACGAUUGACGGAGUUGGAACUGAAGAUGAAAUAUUUCAGCAAGUUCGUGAGGUUUUUUCUGCAUAUGAGCCAAUAAUUAGAUGAUGGCUCAAUGAAGAAAGAAUAAUGAAGUGGAUCCUUUUUUUUUCCCAGACGGAUGCUGCUGAAGAAGAGGAUGCUGCUUGACUCCUGUAAUUCUGAGAAGGUCAACCAGUCUCGUUUUCGAGCUAAAAUUACAAGUUUAUAGCUUGCAGGAUAAUGUCACUUCCUUCUCAAGACAAGAGGGAUCAAUACUCGAUAGAUACUUUGGGAGUAGAUGAAAUCAUCUAUCCCCAAUUCUGCUUCCAUCUCAAGUUAGGGAGUGGAUAAAAAUUACAAGUUCAAAACUGAAAAUGAAAUACUUUGUAUAGAUUUUAUCAGUUUUACAUGAUAAUUUUCCAUUACAUUGGGAAUUUGGGAGGAGUGGAUGAUUUUUAUGAUUUGUCCACUUCCAUCUUUUGUGCCUUUUCUUUUUCAUAGGCCAUAUUAUAAGUCUAUAUUGCAAA